CUUCUUGUUGCCUUCUACGCUCUUCUCCACUUCUCCAUUUUCCGCCAUAGCCAAUCUCGACCUACAGAAGAAGAGGAAGAAGCUGACAGCAGAGACGGAGACGGGGAGGGUGUGGAAGCGGGAGAGGAAUGGCGUUGGCGUUCGAUGAGUUCGGGCGGCCGUUCAUUAUACUGAAGGAGCAGGAUCAGAAGACUCGACUGAGGGGCCUCGAGGCUCAGAAGGCCAACAUUUCCGCCGGGAAGGCCGUCGCCCGCAUACUUCGGACCUCUCUCGGACCUAAGGGCAUGGACAAGAUGCUCCAGAGCCCCGACGGCGACGUCACCAUCACAAAUGAUGGUGCAACAAUUCUGGAACAGAUGGAUGUAGACAAUCAGAUUGCAAAACUCAUGGUUGAGCUCUCACGGAGUCAGGAUUAUGAAAUUGGUGAUGGUACAACUGGGGUGGUUGUCAUGGCCGGUUCACUUCUGGAGCAAGCUGAGAAGUUAUUAGAGCGUGGUAUUCACCCCAUUCGUAUUGCAGAAGGAUAUGAAUUGGCUUGUAGGAUAGCUGUUGAACAUUUGGAGCGAAUAGCUCAGAAGUUUGAAUUUGGAGUGCCAGACAUGGAACCCCUGGUUCAAACUUGCAUGACUACUCUGUCAUCGAAGAUUGUUAACCGGUGCAAGCGCGAUCUGGCUGAGAUUGCAGUUAAAGCAGUUCUCGCAGUGGCAGAUUUGGAGAGGAAGGACGUGAAUUUAGAUUUAAUUAAAGUGGAAGGAAAAGUAGGAGGGAAGCUGGAAGACACUGAGUUGAUAUAUGGCAUUGUUGUUGACAAGGACAUGAGCCAUCCACAGAUGCCCAAGCGGAUUGAAGAUGCGAAGAUUGCCAUCCUCACCUGUCCCUUUGAGCCCCCUAAGCCAAAAACCAAGCAUAAGGUUGAUAUUGAUACUGUGGAGAAGUUUCAAACUUUGCGUCAUCAGGAGCAGAAAUACUUUGAUGACAUGGUUCAGAAAUGCAAGGAUGUUGGUGCAACCUUGGUCAUCUGUCAAUGGGGAUUUGAUGAUGAAGCAAAUCAUCUAUUAAUGCACAGGAAUUUGCCUGCAGUUCGUUGGGUUGGUGGUGUAGAGUUGGAGCUGAUAGCUAUAGCCACUGGUGGGAGGAUUGUGCCAAGAUUCCAAGAGCUGACACCAGAAAAGCUAGGGAAGGCUGGACUUGUCCGGGAAAAAUCUUUUGGUACAACAAAAGAUAAAAUGCUGUAUAUUGAGCACUGUGCAAAUUCACGGGCUGUUACCAUAUUUAUCCGUGGAGGUAACAAAAUGAUGAUAGAGGAGACAAAGCGCAGCAUCCACGAUGCACUGUGUGUGGCUCGGAACCUCAUCCGCAACAACUCUAUUGUGUAUGGUGGUGGCUCUUCUGAAAUUGCAUGCUCAAUUGCUGUUGAAGCGGCUGCUGAUAGAUAUCCUGGUGUCGAACAGUAUGCUAUCAGGGGAUUUGCUGAUGCCCUGGAUGCAGUUCCCAUGGCACUUGCCGAGAAUAGUGGCCUGCAACCUAUUGAGAUACUAUCUGCUGUUAAAUCUCAGCAAAUUAAGGAAAACAACCCGUUCUGUGGAAUUGACUGCAACGAUGUUGGCACGAAUGACAUGCGUGAGCAGAAUGUGUUUGAGAGCCUGAUAGGGAAGCAGCAGCAGAUCUUGUUGGCAACCCAAGUUGUGAAAAUGAUCCUGAAGAUUGAUGAUGUCAUUUCCCCUUCUGAUUACUAAUUUUCCAGGUAGAUCAUCGUGCUUCUCCCUCCAAGACUGAAUCCAAGCUGCUAAAGUUUACUGGCUCUGAUAUGUCCCCUAGUCAUUGCAUAUCUUGUGUGUGACCUCUUGAAAUUGGCAAUGUUAUAAAUUUUGAAUUGGAUUUGAUCGAACACGCUCUCUGAUUUUCACUUCAUGAAAUGAGAUGGUUUUUAUUCCUAUAC